UAUUUUCACGUUUUCCUUCUCUUUCCGCCUGCAUGUCGAAAUCAGCACAAUCGGUCAACUCUAAAUGAACAAACAAGUAAAUAAAAGUGAUUUAUAAUGCAAGGAGCUCUUAUUAUUUAGCUAUACAUAUAUUAUAUCCAGCGAAACAACAUAGACCAAUUGUUCCAAGCCACGUAAGGUAAUACAAAGUUCCUGAGUUUGAUAAAAGAGAUAAGAAAGAACACCUUAAGCCCUCUUACCGAAAGUACUCCUAACUUGAUAAGUAGUUCGAUAAUUCCGUGGAAGAGUAUCAUCAUCAACAAAGGAAAAACAAUAGAGAUUUCUUCCUCAUACCUUACUUUGUUGUUCUCGACUUGCAAGUACAAAUGUAUGUGCAUUCACACUUACUAAUCUGAACGAGUAAUUUUACACAGAAAAAAACGUUUUUUAAUAAACUUAUUUUAUAGUAAAAGGGAAAUGAAUUACUAUAAAAUUGUGGUAGUAAAGAUUCUUAACCUAUUUAAAUUUCCAACAGUGAUUUUUCGAGUGUACUUUGAGUGCGUUGGGUGAUUGUGACCACCAAGAUGACAAUUGUUUCAAUACACUCACAUAUUCGGUCUACCACAGACGUUGGACCAAAAUAAAUACCAUCCGGCGGAGUCCCGAUCCCGAUUGGAAUACACCAAGAUUAGGAUCAGCUGCCAGUUAUGUAGAUCUACGCCGUUAUGUCUGGAACAUCGACCUCUGAACGCUCCAACUCCGAAGACAGUCCGUCGAAUACCUGCCUAACAGAGGUGCUCAGGAAUUGUGCCAAUAUCCAGUCGUUGGAGAGCUUGAACUACGAAUAUAACGACGUUCUGCUGACCGAACCCAACGAGGGGAAGAUGAUUACGUCGAAUCCGUACUCCUUUAGCGGCAACAUUUCCAUCAGCAGUGGUCCAAGUGAAGAUGUUUCAUUUACGGAAAGCAUCCUGGAGGACAACGGGCGCAUUUCGCUGGCCUAUGAGAACCUGAAGACAAUUCCGCGGCGACUGGCAGACAAAUUCGCAGCGCAGACCAAGUUUCUCGAUUUGAGUCACAAUGAUUUCCGAAAUCUGAGAUUUCUCUCCUUUUUCGAGGAUCUGGACACGUUAAUCCUGGAUCGCAACGUAAACUUGGACAUAAACACUUUUCCCUACUUGCCGAGCUUAAGGAUCCUGUGGAUCAACAAUUGCGAUAUAGCAAAUAUAACCGACUGGAUACACCGCAUCGAACGGCAGUGUCCUGCGCUGGAUCAGCUCUCUUGCAUGGGAAAUCCUGGCAUCCGCACUGUUUUCGGGGGCCAAAUACCCCGCGAGUAUAUACUACAGGUGCUUCCCCAGCUAAAAUACCUCGAUGGACUUCCGACCAGCAGGAGUGCAGUUCAUGCGACGCUGUCUUCCUCACAAGGACAGGGUCCAGACUCCACCAGCAAUUCGGAGAAGCCUCCACCCGCAUCCGCACUCACUUUCAAGGACAUCUUCCGGCCAAAGCAUUCCAGAAAAUCGCACAGCGGACGGAUGUACGGCAAGGGCUCCUCCACUAAUUGAAGUAAUAUGCCGAAGGAGGGAGGGGUAUUCCACUGAUUGCAUUAUGUCCCAUUGUUGGACUAUUUUUAACCGUCCGCUGGAUUAUCAGCGCUGCCCUGCAGUCGUCGAUUGCACCUACAGUGCUAUGCAAGUAAAUAUGCAUAUGGUUAUUUCCAUGUACGUAUAUAAAUUUGCAAUCGUAUGGCGAUGGACACGCACAAGCCUAGUGAGAAUUAAUCUAGUGCAUUAAAGCCAUUUUUACAAUAAUAAGAGUCAAUGACCUCAUCGAAUAGUCAAGUAAACAAACGUAUACCAUCUUCAGAAUAAAUGUUCUUCGUCUUA